AUGAAGCGCCAAUCUUGGUUACCCCACAAGGAAACAGUUGACUUAACCCUGUUUUACGAUGAAUACCCAGGUAUUAUACACGGACUGCUAACACACCCGAUUGGAAAGUUUGACUUUCAAAGGGAAUACUCCCAGGAAUGGAGGGAAGUGUACGUACAGUACCUGCAAAAGAAUCCAUACCUUAAACACUGUGCCGACCAAAACGGAAAGGUAUCCGAUAUUACGGAACGGGACGUAAGGGAAGCCCUUAGAGAAGCUACAGUUAAGAUGGAUGCAUACGUUGCAGCGGAUAACGCCUACAUACAGGCUAACCCGGGUGUUAAAAAUUUCAGUCAUUUUAUAUAUGAAGCGGAUUUAAAGGCUAUUUUCAAUGAAUACGUGUCGCAGGCGUUGUCAGAAAUUAAAUGUCUCAAUAAACUGGAGACCGAGAUCAAUUUGGAGUACCUAACGGCACCGCCUCAAGUGGCAGACAACGACCUGUUCUGUGAUAUGGAACUGGAGGCUAACCCACUGUUAAAGUGCAACCCAUACACAAAAUACCGGCGCAUCGACGGGAAGUGUAAUAAUCUGCGGGAAACCAAUUGGGGCUCAGCUUUUCACUGUCAGCGCCGCCUACUGCCGGCUGACUACGCCGAUGGGGUCAAUAAAGUACGUCUAGCCCAGGAUGGCGGGCCCCUACCUAAUGCGAGGUACAUAAGCGACGUGUUGGCUCGUGGGCCGCCCCUAUACAACCCGGUGCGCACGUCUAUGCAUAUGAUAUGGGGUCAAGUGAUAGCACACGACUCCCUCAAAACGUUACAAUAUUUCGGGACUGCACUGAACUGUUGUCCCAAUAGUGGACCCGAACCUCAGGAGUGCGUUCACGUGAAUCCCGUUCCCUCCGAUAGGCUAUUACGUGCUUUCAAUCAAACGUGCUCGUCAACAAAUGAACGCACCUACAUCAUACCUCGACUUAUCACUGGUGCAAACUUCAUAAUGUAUCCAUUGAUCCGGGAAUGUGUCACCGAAUUGCUGGAUGUCAUGCAGACCUACGCGGCCACCGGUCUCGAGGUCGACAUGAAGAGGUUGUUCAGCAACUAUACCAUUGACGUGAUAUCCAUGUGCGCGUUCGCCACCAAAAUCAAUGCCCAGAAAAAUCCGGACAAUCCUAUCGUCAAACAGGCGAAGAAACCCUUUAAUCCCAAGUUAUAUAGAUUUCUAGCGCUUAUGGUUUUGCCGAAAUGGGUGUUAGAGUUGUUUAAUACCACACAUAAUGCUGAGGAGGACUCCAUUAAGUUCUUCGUCGAUCUGAUCCGACAUAUCAUUGAUGAGCGAAAGAGGAGUCAAGAGAAACACAACGAUUUGAUUGACUUAUUAUUGAACGCAGAAAAGGAGCAAAAGUCCGGCGAAACCAGGGAUGAGUCGGAUGUCAAUGAAUCACAUCAUGUUAUACUCGGUUCGGACGAUACGUCGGUCGAGAAGAAGUUAUUCGCAAAUAUCAAGAAAUAUAUGACUGAAGACGAGAUACUGUCCAACUGUUGGCUGUUUUAUACGGCUGGGUAUGAGAGCACAGCCAACACCCUGUCGUUCGCCGCCCACGAGUUGGCACUGAAUCCCGAAAAACAGGACAAACUCUACGAAGAAGUCAUAUCUUUCAUCGACUCUGACGGCGAGAUCUCGUACGACGUAUUGACGAAAAUGCCGUUUUUAGACGCAGUCAUCUCCGAGACACUCAGACUACACGCUCCGGCUGUCCGACUCUGGAGGUAUGCCAACGAAGACUACAAGUUAGGCGACACCGGGAUUACUAUCAAAAAGGGUCAACGCAUCGAAAUACCCAAUCAUGGGAUCCAUCACUUGGAGGAGUACUUCCCGAACCCAAAGACCUUUAGUCCCGAAAGAUUUUUGCCCGAAAAUAGACAUAAAAUAGUUCCGUAUAGUUAUACACCUUUUGGUGGGGGUCCCCGACAUUGCGUGGGAAUGAGGUUCGCGUUAAUGGAGGCUAAGCUGGGAUUAGCACAUAUUAUGAAGAAUUAUAAAUUUAUCACAACAACUAAUACAGAUAUCCCGGUGGCGUUGCCCAGGAAUUCCAUAAUACACGCCCCCCUUAGGGUCAUCGUAGGCAUACAGAAGCGAUAA